AUGGAAGACUCAAGAGUGUACUGUGAUAUCUGCUCCGAACCAAUCAAUAUUAGGGUAUUGCAGCAUUGUGGACACAAUGAUAUUUGUUUACAAUGCUAUAUUAGAUAUUCUAAGAACUAUGGAAACAACUGCUGCUAUUAUUGUCAGCAAAAUAAUGAUGGCUCAUGGCCUAUUGCAACGUCAAAAUUAAAUUUAGACUAUGAAUCUGCAAAACAAUUAAAUUUAGAAUUUGAUGAUGCUAAUAAGAUAUAUUAUACAGAUCCAGCCGCUAAGAAGGAAAUUAAGAACUUAAAUAUGUUUAAUUGCCAUCAUUGCCAUCAUAAAUUCCAUAAUAUUAAUCAAUUCUCAAAGCACUUAGAGAAGCAUGGUGAAACAAUAUGCAGGAUAUGCCAAGGAAGCGGAAGAUUUAAUCCGCACUCACUAGAAACAUUCACCAAGGCUGAAAUCCAUAAGCACAUUCACCAACAUCAUCCAAGAUGCAUUUGCUGCAAGUCACUGUUUUUCGACCAGCACACAUUAGCUGAGCACAUGAACGAAUCACAUCAAAGAUGCGAAAUUUGCGCCAAGAACAAUAAAAUCAUAUGGUUCAAUACUCCACAAGAUUUGAUUGAGCACAAUGAGAAAGAACACUUUGUUUGCCAUCAUCAGGAUUGUGCUGCUAUGCAACUCGUGGCUUUUGCAACAAGAGGAGAAUUAUUGCUUCAUUUACAAAGAGUACAUCAUGAUUUUGAUAACGAAAUCGAUUUCAUGAGAGACUUUGAAGUAGAAGAAACUACAACAAAUACAAAAUCAAAUAAUUAUAGAAGCGAAUUCAUCAACAUUUACAAGAAAAAAGUUUGGGAAAUUCUCAAAGCAAAGCCAAAAGUUGAAAAAUAUUCUUCUGCAUUUAAUUCAUUCAUCAAGAAUAGAAUUAGUUGUGCAGAAUUUUACAAACUCUUUUCCGAGUUUUUCGGAGAAUCAAAGAAUAUGAUUUUUUGUGACAUGAUAGCGACAUUAAGAGAUUCAACAAAGAGAAUGGAACUAUUCAGGAUUCAUAAUGGAAUCAAGGAUGAACCAUUACCAUCUCACAAAUUAAUUAUUGAUGAGCCAAUCGAAGAAGAAAAGCCAUCUAUAAAGAAAGUCACAGUCAAGCACAACGAUUCUCCACGCAGAAAGAAAGUUGUUCGCGUUAUUUCGUCUUUUUGA